CGAUUCUCGGCUUCGCUCUUCGCACUCUGGCCCCCAACAAAUUACUGUCGACACCUGACUCGAGCUGAAGAUGGCUCCACCAACGUGCCAUCGAAUGACCGCGCGAGGUUUUGGGGCCAUAUUCACCAGCACGGAAUUCGAAUUCGGCGAGCGAUGCACUGGGCGGGGGAAGGGUCCGCAAAAGCUCCCCUGUACAAAUACUGGACAUCAGCUGUAGCAGCGAGCUGCAACACCACGACAAACCCUUCGCAGCGAGGACACUCCAAUGAGCAAUCAGCGUGCUUCCCCUCCCACUCACGCAGAUUUGCUGUUCGUUCAUUACGACCAGGAUGACCCGCAGAAUCGCUCGGUCAGUCGGACGAAGGCCAGCUUCGCGCAGAAGGCUCACCAGCGCAAGAAACGGCUCGCAGGGAUGGAGAGGCUCAAGACUUCGUCGCUUGCCCUGCGUCAACGACUACCAUUCGCAUACGAUGCUGCAUCGGGUUUCUCCAGAAGAAGGCGGGGCGAAAAGAGCAAGCAUGAUGGUGCAACACCAGGACAUGCUCCGGCAGUGGCGACUGAGCGUCUGAACGACAUCUGGGGGCCCCAAUCCCAGCUCGGCCAGGGCUUUAUAGACCCGUUCUCAACGACUUCAGUUCCAAUGAGCAAUUUUAUGAACUUAUGCUGGCAUCACUACCGGCAUUUCAUCCUUCCUCUCGCUUAUCCGCUCAAUAGCUCACCCAUGGGCGCCUGGUGGUGGCAGCAGGGGCUUUCUGAGCCCGUCAUUCACCUAACUCUACUUGUCUCAGCGGCAGGCCACAAGGUCGCAAUGGACACAAUUAACAAUGCGCCCUCGCACGAGCUGCAGCAGUCAAUCGGGCAGUUUCUGGGCGUGCAAAGAGACACAAUAAAAAGGCUGAAUCACCUUCUUCACGAUCCGGAUGUUGUGGCCGAGUCGACAACCCUUACUGUUGCGGCGCUACGCGCAAUAGAGGCGAUAAGCUGCAACUUCGACGGUGUCGCUGUACACACAAAAGGCCUAAACGCAUUGGUCCAGAUACAUGGUGGCCUCGAGCACCUGGAUCACCAGACACUUUUCCAAAUCUACCACUCCGAUAUCAUGUACGCCGCUUUGACAGAUACAAUCCCGGCUCGCCCUUUAAUAGCCAGAUGGCGGAGCGAGAUUCUGCAGGAAACGAUGGUCUUCCACUCGAGUAGCGACUUGGUAUCGCACCUAGAUAAAGAAACUACGGCGCGUUUAUCCAUGCUCGGUACUUCUGUUUUCGAGGCUCCCUGGUAUAGCGGCCUAGCCGAUACCAUGAGGACUCUUCUGCGCGCAUCCCAACGUCUAAUUCAAUACUACGAGGCAGCUCGCUUACAGACCUCGACCGCCCUGCUGACAGAUAAUAGCCUGUUCUUGGUCCUCGGACACCAGCUGCUUUCCUCUCGGUAUACGGCAGCAGCAGAUAUGGUGUGGGAGCCGCGCACGGUGUCAUGUCUUCUCAAUGAGCCCCUCCGCAUCACCCUCUUCAUCUACCUGAACAUGCGCAUCUGGAAUUUCCAGGAGUAUCCCAUAAUGCAACGCCUGGUCAACUCUUUACGAGACGUUCUGCUCUGCCCCUGCCCCCCAAGUACUAGAGGAUCUGCAGACCCAGCCCACGGUCCAGCCUCAGCUCCAACCCUAACCCUAAGCCAUAUUAACAACUCCGCGCCAGACGUUCUCCUCUGGAUCCUCUUUAUUGGCGCGAUGGCAGCGCAGGGUCACAAUUCAGAUACGCAUGCAUGGUUCGUACACCAGCUAGCUGAUCUCGCGGCGUUUCUGGAAUUGCGUGAGUGGGAAAUGGCGCGCGAGGCUCUUGGUGGAUUCUUUUAUACCGACCAGCCAGGGCAGCUGCGGGGUGAGGAGCUGUGGAAGCAAGUUGUUUCGACUAGGAUUUAUGGACAUCGAACACAUGAGGAGACGUUUGUUCUAGUCUGAAGAAGGGGGCAGCGGUGAAUGCGUAAUUAGGUCGAUUGUCAGUGUUACAGCGAGUCAACUGGUGUCGAAGCAUCCAAGGACAGACAGAGACUGGAUCGUAUCCCUUUCCAUAUAUUUAUUUAACUCGAGUGUAUAUGCAAAGAGCACUCACUCAUGUUAGUAUGAACGCCAUGGAUACUUAAAUAGAGAUU